AUGGACAAGAGGCAAGUUAAAAGGAGAAAAUUGCUUAUCAAUGCUGCUGCAUAUAUUGCCGCUUCUAUGGUUGUUCUGUAUGUCCGGUCCAGAUUAAGGAAUAGGAGAGAGCCUAUUACAUAUGGCCCAUUAGUGGAAAGGGAUGCGGCUAGAAUAUCCUACAUGAAUGAUAAAAUUUUGCGGGAUGACACAACCUGCACAAAUAUGAUUAGGCUUAAGAGAGCAUCUUUCUUUCAACUGUGUCAAGUUUUAAGGGAACGACAGUUGCUUUGUGACACAAUACAUGUAUCUGUUGAAGAGCAAGUUGCCAUGUUCCUCCAUACGAUUGGACACAAUGAAAGGAAUAGAGUAGUUGCUACAAACUUCGGGAGAUCAAGUGAAACAGUGAGUAGAUACUUUAGAAUCGUCCUCAAUGCCAUAGGUGAGCUGAGAAAUGAUCUUAUCCAACCACCUUCUUUGGAGACCCCAACCAAAAUCGCAGGCAACCCUAGAUGGGAUCCAUACUUUAAGGACUGUAUUGGAGCCAUUGAUGGAACACAUAUACGGGCCUCGGUUAGUAAGUCAAUGGAGCUAGCUUUUCGUGGUAGAAAGUCAUUUGCAACACAAAAUGUGAUGGCUGCUGUAGAUUUUGAUAUGAAAUUCACUUAUGUUCUGGCUGGUUGGGAGGGCACAACACAUGAUGUUGUGGUUUUAGCAGAUGCCCUAGAGCGUGAGAAUGGUGGCUUACGAGUUCCCGAAGAGCCAAACUUGGAUUCAUGCCACCUUUUCGUGGUGUGCGCUAUCACUUGA